UCAUUGGACGAAUGAGCAGUAGUCUCGAGGAAUAGGGCGCUAAAAAUGAAGCCAAAGAACAAGAAGGAAAAUACUUUUUCUGGAACUGAUGAAAGCCAUAACUCAAGAAAUGCAACAAAGAGAAAAAGAAAAUCAUUAAGUGAACUGGACUCUAGCCUCCAGAAUACAAAGCUAACAUGGGACAUGGAUCCCAAGAGGAAGAGCCAAAUCUAUGAAGAUUGUGGUAUAAAUGAGUUAGAGGAAGACAGCAGGGAUGCCUUCCCUGAGCCCACUCCUAAGAUACUCAUGGCAAUAUCUUCAAACCCGCCUGGGGCUCCAAAGGCAACAGCCAGAUACACAGAAUCAGAUGAUAGUAAUGAAGCCCCACAUCUUCACCCUUGGAUUAAGAACCCAACCCCACACAGGCCGCUAAAUGAGGAGAAUGAAAAUCCUCUGAAGAAAAGAAGAAAGGUUUGCGAAGACAGAGGCAGAAAUGAAUUAUUUGUCAAGCUCUCAGAUGAAAUCAUACUAAACAUCUUCACAUGGCUGCCCAAGUGCAUGCUGGUUAAGUGUGCCAGAGUUUGCAAAAGAUGGAAAGGCUUGUGUUUUGAUGAGUCAUUAUGGAAAAGGCUGGAUAUGGCCAGUAAAGUUUUGAAACCUGGUGUGCUGGGCAGAAUACUGAACAGAGGUGUGCGGGUGCUAAGGCUUGCAAAGGCAGAGGUCAAUUCACCACUGUUUAUUAACAAGCCAGUUGAUUUUCCUGAUUUGGGGCUAACAAGAGUGCAAUAUUUAGAUCUGUCUAUGACUGUAGUUAGUGAAGCAGGUCUGGAGGAACUGUUGGGAAGAUGCAAGUCACUGCGAAAACUUAGUCUAGAACACUGUGCCUUGAAUGACAAAAUAUGUGGAUACAUCAGUGAAAACAAGUUGCUUGAAGUUCUUAACCUCAGUAUGUGCCAAGGAAUUACAAAGGAUGGGUUAAAAGCAAUAGGAAGACAAUGUCAAAGGUUGGAAGCAUUAAACAUAGCCUGGAUACAGCCUUCCAAGGAGGUGGUGGACACAGUGGUCACUUCACUGACCAGAGGUCUACUUAAGCUCAAUUUCAGUGGAUGCAGGGAGCUUUUAUCAGAUGAAAAUGUUCUUCAGCUUGUGACAACCUGUCCACACUUGAGGGAGCUGGAUCUCAGUGACAGCACCUUUCUGUCCCCAGCAGCAGUAGAGUGUGUGGCUGACAACCUGCGUGGCUUGGAAUAUGUGGCUUUCAGCCGCUGCUACCAGAUACCACCCAACACAUUUGUUUGUUUAAACCACCUUGUGACCCUGCUGGCAUUAGAUGUAUUUGGAAUGAUGAAAGAAUCUUCUUUGGAAAAUCUGAGAGAAAGUAUGUCACAGAUUGAAAUCAACAAGUAUCACUUUUCAAGCAUAGCAAGACCUACCACAGGAAUAAGGAGGACAAGUGUUUGGGGUCUCAGAGUUAGAGAUCAGGUGGUGGCAUGAUCUAUAUUCAAAUUCAAAGAUUCUAUAAAUGUAUAUGCAAACAUCUGCACAUGUAUAAAACAACUCAUACAGCAACAAAGGUCUUGCUUAGUUUGUUGUUUGUGAAAUUGUGAUCUGUAAGUGCUUUGCACUUUCUUAAUAUGUUACUGGAUGUUAUAUAAUUUUGUACAUGAUAAUUUCUUUUAAGCAUGUAAAAUAUCUGGUAUUCAGUUUUCAUCAAAGCUAUAAAAUCUUUUUGUAAUCUAAUUUUUAAAUUAAUAGGUAUUCCAAAUGUUAAUUUAAUUUUAAAAGCUAAAGAUUUAUUAUUUUAUCACAACUGGUCUUUGCUUUAUAUAUAACAUAUAUAACUUAACUGCUUUGAUUUCAAGUUUUCCGAAAUGUGCACAUUUUUGAGUUAUUGUGUAAUGCAUAUAUUUUAAAGAAAAAACAAGCGAAUUCACAGAACAUUACACCUGUUUACCAUUGGAUUGGCCUUUAUCUGAAAUAAGGGGGACAAAGCUGAGCCUCAAGGAUAAGUCUUGCUGAACAUGUCAGUUGCUUGCAGAGCCAUGUCAAAAGUCGUGUUUAUCUUAAUAAGUUUAUUUACAUGAAAUCUUAACAUGAAUUUUAAAAUCAUUGGAUAUAUAUAUUUGAGGUUUUACUGCAACUCGUAAAGUGUUACUUUAUGUUCUAAUUUGAAGAAAUGGUUAUAGAAGUCAUUUAGACGGGGAAUAAGCUUUUACUAACUUGUGAAGGUUAUCCUUGUCAGUGACAAUAAACUUUUCUUCUAAUAACA